UUUCAGAAUCCAAAUUUUCGACAAAAUCUGAACAAUGCGUGUGUUGAAUGUCAACAAACUCGCAACUUUCUUCUGAGCCGGAUUUUCUUGUUUUAUGCUUCAACCGUGACCGGCAUCAUACUUUCUCGACUGAAGUAGAAAAAACACAACCAAACAACAUGAUCUGACUGAAGAGGACGAAGAGGCAAGGCAGAGAAGAACGCCGAAGGAGAGGGGCGAACACAAGGAGGAGGACACAGAGGAAGGAAGACGAGAAGAAAUGAAAGAAGAGGACGAACAGAGAGAGGGGAGAGCGAUGGGAGAUUCCGGGAACCAGCAGCUGGAAAAGGAGAAGGAGGAUGAAGAGACAGAGCCUGUGAAUGUGUUGGUGUAUUUUUCGUUCCUUCUCGGAGGACUAAGCUAUUUCACUCCUGUCUACAGUAUCACAGCAGCGGUGGAUUAUUAUGUGCUUCGGUUCCCCAACACCCCCAUCUUGAUCCAGAUGUCCAUCAUUCGCCACGUCUGCAGUAUUGCCGGCAUCAUCAGCAACAACGUGACGAUCGAGGCGAUCCCCCUGACGGGCCGUAUUCUCUUCGCCUACGUAGCCCUGACCUCCCUCAUGCUCUUCAUCACCCUCACGGACGUCCUCUUCUCCCUCUUCCCCACCGACAUCGCUCACAUCCUCACCCUCCUUGUCGUCGCUCUGGUGUCUGCAGCGCAGGCGGUGCAACAGUCAAGUUUCUACGGCUAUGCAAAUAUGAUGCCUAAGCGCUACACUGAGGCUGUCCUCGUGGGAGAAAGCUCCUGUGGCCUAAUCACGUCCCUUCUGCGUAUCGCGACAAAGCUAGCGGUCAAGGACGAGCGACUGGGCACCCUCAUCUUCUUCUUCACCAGCAUCGGGCUCCUGGCAGUCUGCUGUGCUGGCUUCUUGGCUGGGAGGCUGUCCGAGUUCGUUAAAAGAAACAUUAGACGAUGCUCAGAAGCACAGAGGACUUUCGAAGAGACUGGAAAAUUCUCGAACAUUCAGAAUAAGCCCAGUAACAGAGCAGAAGGUGAACGGGACGUGGACGAACACAGCGGCCUCGUAAACAACCGUUUCCAUGGCGACAACUCGGCUGGGGGAGUGAGGGGGCGUGGUCAUGGCUCAGAGGCGGGGACAAUGGGUGACCUACUUAGUGACGGUGCCCACGGCAGUACACAAGCGCUAGUCACGCCGAAGCGUUCUGUAUGGAGAGAGAGACUUCGUGCCCGUUGGGAGGUCACCAAGGUCAUCUAUCCUUUUAUGGUCGCCUACACGUUGAACUUUGGCCUGACCAUGACCCUUUUCCCUGGAAUUGUGUCUGAGAUUAUCAACUGUCCUCUGGGCACCUGGUUACCCGUGAUCCUAAUGACCCUGUUCAAUUUCUGUGACCUGACUGGUAUG